UAAUCCAAUCAAAAAUAAGUUUACAAAACCUUGCCUUUUCCACCAUAUUCCCUCGUGUUCCAAGACCGACAAAGGGCUUAACCAGUCAUGGCUGAUCCAGAAAGCAACCCAACAACUGUUGAAGAAACUGACCCUGAUGUAGAGGAAGUAGAUGAGGAGGAAGAAGAAGAUGAUGUUCCACCCAAUCAAACAGCUCUAGGACUGACCAGUCAGCUAAUGCAGAAUCCACAGGUUCUUGCAGCACUUCAGUCCAGAAUGGAUGGAAUAGUCGGUACACCUUCUGGAUAUAUUCAGAGUUUACCGAAGUCGGUCAAGAGAAGGAUAAAAGCUCUGAAAAAACUACAAUUUGACUCUUCCAAGAUUGAAGGUGAUUUCUACAAAGAAGUCCAUGAAUUGGAAUGUAAAUAUGCUACCAAGUAUAUACCACUUUUCGAGAAGAGAUCUAAAGUUGUAACUGGGGGAGUAGAACCAACAGACGAUGACUGUGAUUGGCCAAGUGAUGAAGAGAAAGAAGAUGAAAAGGUGGCUCAACUUUCGGAUGAGGUGAAGAACAAAGCUAAAAUUGGAGAUGCAGAGAAGGCCGAUUCUGAAGAUAAAGAGAAAAAAGAAGAUAAUGAGGAAAAGUCGAAUGAAAAACCUAAAACAGAUGAAGGAGCAGACGUCAAAGGCAUUCCUAGCUUCUGGUUAACAGUUUUCAAAAAUGUAGAUAUGUUAUCUGAAAUGAUUCAGGAUCAUGAUGAGCCUAUACUCAACCAUCUACAAGAUGUAAAAGUUAAAUUUUUAAGUGGUGAAGAAAUGGGUUUUACAUUAGAAUUCCAGUUUGAAUCAAACAAAUUUUUUAAUAACACAUUAUUGACAAAAACAUACACCAUGAGAUCAGAACCAGAUGAAGCAGAUCCAUUUUCAUUUGAAGGUCCAGAAAUAAUUAAAUGUAAAGGAUGUGAAAUAGAUUGGGUUAAAGGACAAAAUGUAACAGUAAAAACAGUGAAAAAGAAACAAAAACAUAAAGGACGAGGGACAACUAGGACUAUAACUAAAACCAUACAAAAUGAUUCAUUUUUCAAUUUCUUUAGUCCGCCACAAGUUCCUGAAGAUGAAUCAGAAAUGGAUGAAGAUUUAGAAGCAUUAUUAGCAGCUGAUUUUGAAAUAGGACAUUUUAUAAGAGAGAGAAUAGUGCCUAGAGCUGUAUUAUAUUUUACUGGAGAGGCUUUAGAAAAUGAUGAUGAUCGCACCUGGAUGAUGAAGUUUGAUGAAGAAGAAGAGGAGGGUGAAGAGGAAGGUGAAUAUGAUGAGGAUGCAGACCCAGAUUAUAAUCCUCAGGAUGCAGCUUAAAAGAAAAUAAAAAUAAUUGACUGCCGGAGGUAAACCAGAAGAGUGCAAACAACAAUGAAAAAGACAUUAGAACAAACUUUUAUCACCUCAUGUCAGUCAUUUGUCAAAUUUUUAUUAUUUUUGUUUAAACUUUUGACAUUAACCAUAUUCAUCUUUGUUUACAAGACAAAGUAUGCAUCAGAUCCGGUCAUGUAUAGUAAUUAAUGCAUAAUACGCUGAUGAAGUGCAUUAGCUUUGGAGGCUUUUAACCUUGUUGAGGAGGAAAUUUAUGCAUCUCAGUAGAGAAAAUUGAUUUAUCAAUAAAUUAAGAUUUGUGUGGUAUUUCAAAAUUGUUAAAACCACAUAAUUUAGUACUGUACAAGUAAUAAAUAUUUUCUUUCAUGGAGAAAUAUUUUAAAUACCAUGGGUUCAUUUUUACCACUUGUUAAAUGAAGUAGCAAUGAUAUUGUAGCCAAUAAAUCAAAAAUUUAUAUUUCACUUGAGAAAGAAGAAAUAGGGCUGGUCUUCCAUUUUGAAAUUGAGUGGCAUUAUGCUAUCAUUCUACCAAUUGUUAAUUUUACCAAAUGCCAGAUUACCUUGAACCUGAACUGGAUUGGUUUACUGAUGCUCUUAACAAGUGAAAUAUUUGAACACGGAAAUAACUUAAAAACCAUAUUUCCGGGGGCAAAAGAAAGAACUAACACUAAACUAUACGCAGCUAAAAGUUGCUAUGCAUGGCCAACAGAUGUAUUCUUAGCAUAUUUCCAUCAAUAUAUGAUACACAAGGUAAUUGUUCCAAACAUCUUAAAUGGGCCAGGGAUACAUUAACAUGGCUGUACCAUUUGUUUGUUUUUGGUUUUUUUGAAGAAUGCUUUAUUUUGUUGCUUGUUUGAAAGCUUCAUGAUUUGCUUUUAAAACUAGCUGUAAAUCGAAUGUUUUGUCGUAAGAUACAAGAAGGUUAUAUUUUUGUACAUGUGUGAUAGAACAUCAGAUAAAUGCAUUUAGUUUUGAUAUGGUAUGUUUCAAUGCUUUACUAUAGCAGUACAAAAUAUGUUGAAGAUCUACAAUUUAAAAAGAACCAUGAAUGACAAAUAUUAGUUACUGUGCUUUUAUCUUAAAAUAAUAUGGAUAGAUUUACAAGUAUGGUUGUUUCAUAAUCCUGUUCAUACAGCAUUCUAUAAAUCUUCAAAAAUAAAUUAUGUUAACAGAUUUUUUAACCGUAUUGUUUAUUUUGGAGUGAAUUUUUACUCCUGUAGUCAUGGUAGUUAAAAUGUUUAACUUUACUAUCAUUUCUGGAAAACAGUCGAAAUGAAGGAAUUUUGGAUUUUUGUAAUUUAUUUUUGAAGGUUUUAUUCAACUUGAACAAACUUCAUGUGGUUUAUAUUCUUGCCAUGACAUUCUGAAGGGUGUUCAAAGAAAAUUCCUAGAUUCAAAUUACUGUUUCAUUUCAAACCCGUUACUUUAAUAUAAACUUGAUUCAUCACUCAAAUGCAAGUUAAAAAUGAAAUAUAUAACAAUGGCUACUAAAGAGGAAGGGGGCUGGUGUCUAGUUGAAUAGCAUCCGGGCUGUCACUAGAAUUAAUCAUAAAUGUUAAUGUUUCAUUAUAUCUGAUCGAUUUUAAAGAAUGUUUUAUUAUUCAGGGUUAACAGCUUUGUUCUGUUUAUCUUAUAUUGAUUGUUAUGUACUGAAGGCAUUUAAAACAAUGUUGAAUCUCUUUAAUAAAGACUGGCCAUUUUGUAUUAAGAAUGAGAUGUAUUUUGAUAAUGAAGGCGAGUGGAGAAAAAGUUAAAUUGAUUUUUAAACUGAUUGAAGCAGAAUUAUUUGACAAACGAUACGGAAAUAAAUUUUAUUUAUUUUUCAUACACUUUUAUUUGAACAGGUUCAUAACAAGGUUUGUGUAAAUUCCCCAUACAAUGCCGUAUCUGAAAAACCAAAAAUUAAUAAAAGGAAUAGAACCAAUAAAACUCUGUAUAAAUGUAUGACAUUUGUUAUUUCUAAAUCAUUUAAGUAGAAAAGAAGUAGUGUUUUUAUAUAGUUUGCACACUUCAUGUCACAUACAAGUCAUUCCAUUGAUAAAUUCAUCAAUUUAAAUGUAAGAAAGAUUUUGAAUGGGUUAGAAGAUCCAUAAUUCAAAGAAAUGCAGUUAUUAAUUUAAAUAUUUGAAAUUGGCCUUUUUAGUCUGUUUAUUGUAAUGUGAACAAAACGAAUUGUUUCUAAAAUUAACACAAGUAAAGAUUCUUUUACAAAUUUAAUUGAAAUAGUAUCAGUUUGAAAAUAGAUAAUAUAUAACUGCAGAAUUGUGAAAAUUGCAUUAUAAUUUUUGGAAGGGAUUACUCUACUAGAAUUCUUCAAUAAUUUUACUAUGACUAUUUUAUGUACAUGUACCUGUUUUUCAAAAUAACAAAAUCCUUCACCUAGUUUUUAUUGUUAUGAAAGAUAACUUGUUAUAAAUGUUCUUGUUCAUAUAUAUUAUUGUCAUCUUGUAACAUUAUUUGUACAGUGUAUAUAUUUUUGAAGGACUUCUUUCAAAUUUAAUUGUAUUUUUCAGGUAACCAUUUGUAAGUGCUUGUUAAUUUAUUUUUAAGCCACAUGACUCUUUAAAUAUGAAUAUAAAACUACUGUGAAUUCAUUAUUGUACCUCUGUUGCCAAUUUUCUUGAUAUAAGUAUUAGGUAAACCAUGUUACUGAAUUAUACAUUUGCUCCAGGCUUGUUUGCAGAUAGGAAAAUCCUCAAAAUCAAUACCCACGAAAAUACAAUUUUUCUUCAAUUCAAGAAAAUUGGUACCAGGAAAAAAAUGAAUUCACAUUACAACAUAUGGUGAAUCUUAAAUUUUAUCAAAGAAUGUUGAAAUUUAUCAUACUGCAUUUUAUUACAAAUAAAUGUAAUACUCAUGGGACUUGACGUAAUUUUAAAAUGACCGACCCCAAAAAAAAAAUGUAAGAAAAGAGGUUUUUGGACGUUGUUGAAAUAUUGAUGACAAAUUAGCUGCCAUGCUGAUUUCAGGUACUAUAGUAUUUUCUUUUGUGGUGACGAUGGAUUGUUAGGCUCUUGUGAAAAUUUCAAUACAAUGACGAUGAACUAUCUAUUGCUUCAAUAUUCAUCCAUCUAUUGACCAAUUGUCUUCUAGUGGUCGAUUCUAUUUAGAUGGGUGUUAAAAAUUUCAGCUGUUAAAAUAAAAAUUGAAUAAAAGGACUUUCCUUGUGAAUUACCAAAUUAUUUUUUUUACUUCAAUUUAAGCACUGUAGCUUAAAAAAAAAUAAGCCGCUCCCUUCAAAAGAUAGUUGGUCAAUAGAUUGGUGAUCAGUGAUGCAACAUCUUUGUAGUUAUUUACCAAAGUUCUUUUUUUACUUCAAUUUUAGCAGCUGAAGCAUAAAAAAUAAGCCUCUCCCUUCAACAGGUUGGUGAUCAGUGAUGCAACAUCUUUGUAGUUUAAUUUUGUAUUGGAAAUUUGAGUUUUGGUGUUUACUGAGCAGUGUUUAUAAGAUUGACUAUGGUCAUAUUUUUCCCAAAAAGAAAACGAGAUUUGAUUUGAUUGCAGUUGAUAUUUUAAGAAAAUGCCUUGUGCUUAUUGUCUAGUCAAAAUUGCUUUGUUAAAUGGAGCCAGACAUUGAAUAUUGAUUUAGUUUUAUAAUGUGAUUGUGAGCUAGUCACGUUUGCAGCAUGUGUUAAAAUCCUUGGAGACAUUUUACAAUAUUAUGUGAAAUGUUGACUCUAAAUGAAAGGAAAUGAAUUUUUUGGGACAUUAUAUAUCUGUGAAUCUGUACUGUUUAGUAAUUCUGGAAAUAGGUUGUACUACUCAAUUUUAAAUGUGAAAAUUUGUACAGUAAAACUGGCUGCCAAUUGUACAAAAUGAAAUGAGAUUUUAUCAAAAAUUGUUGGUAAAAAGACUUCAUAAAGUCAGUCAACAUUAGACAAUUGUUUUUACCUCAAUAUAUUCAUAUAGACAAGUGUUUGAUUUUUUUUUAUGCAAAAUUUUCACAGAGUAUUGUAUGGCAAACACCAGUAGAUGUGCAGACUGGCUUUAUUAUCAAAUGUGUUGCUGAAUAACGGAAAACAUAAAAACAUGGGUCUGAUUAAAAUUAAAAUUUAAUCCAU